AUGGAGAACGACCGCGGAGAAAUUGUCGACCUCUACGUCCCGAGGAAGUGCUCGGCGACCAACCGCAUCAUCAAGGCCAAGGACCACGCCUCUGUUCAGAUCUCCAUCGCCAAGGUUGACGAGAACGGCCGUGCCGUCCAGGGCGAGAACCAGGUCUACGCCCUCUCCGGCUUCGUCCGCGCCAUGGGCGAGAGCGACGACGCUAUGAACCGCCUUGCUCAGCGUGACGGUCUUCUCAAGAGCGUCUGGAGCGGCCAGCGAUAA